GCUAAAUAUACCCGAACACCUGCAAUCACAUCCCGCAGAACAUUUCGACCGCUUGCCGGAGAGAUCUCUCCAGGUCGACUGCGCCGCCGAUCCGCGCCGUCGAUCGGCGCGGAGUUCGCGCCCAUGCGACGCCAUGCUGGCGCUGCUUUUCUUCGCCGUGACACGGCCGGCGCUGGCCUGGACACGACUCACCGUGGUGCAUAGCGAGAAAUGCGAGGAGUCUGGCUGCCAGGUGGCGGCCAAAUGCCCUGAGAAGACCUGGCCGGUUGCUUGUGAGAGCGAGCCCAGAGGCCAUGCUUGGUUCAACCAGGGCUCAUGCACGGCGUCGGCGCGCUUGGACAUAGAGAUCAGGGCGAAGGUGGCUUGCACCAGCAUGUUCGAGACCUUCACCGUUUCAGGCCCCACGGCGCGGUGUCCCGCGGGCUCGCAGCUCCAGCGCUGCUUCUGCCAGGCCGGGGCCCGGCGGGCCUGCCUGGGCGCUGCGCAGCCGGUGCAAGACGAGGGUCCCGCCUGCAGCGUGCGCGCCGUGCAGGCGGAGGAAGAUCCUGCACGACUCGCCCAAGCUUUGUGCCUGAGGGGCGAUAGCCAUUGGCUUCUGCAGAAUUCCGAGAGCCUGGGCUUUGUGAAGUACUGCGGCUGGGUGCCAUACCUUCGGCCCAUGAACACGCCGGAGCUCGAGUACAGGAACGACACCUUCUGCCCCCGGCAGUCUGCCACCUCCGCGUGCGGCGAGUGCCUCACACGGGAGGACUGCGUGGCGAGGUGCGACCUUUGCAGCAACUGCACCGCAGUGCUCUACCGCCCGCAGGAUGCCGUGAGGUGCUACAUGCAGAGAGGGAUCCAUUCAGCCGCUUUCGAGGACCAGCCGCCGCCAGCGUCGGGCUGGGGCUUUUACGUCAACGAGCGCAAUGUGGGGUGCGGCGGCCAGGUGGACUUGCUGGCCGCGCGAGGCGUGCAGGGCGUGAGGCUCUUUGCGGACCUGGGCUGCAGCAGCGAGUUGCAGCCCGAGAAGCUCUUCGUGAUGGACGGCUCGGGCCUCGCGGAGUUGAAGGGCGCCUGGCUGCCCCGCUGCGCCGAGCUCGGCCGCUGCGACGCCGGAGGCGUGAGCAUCAUUGCCAGCUUCGCAACACCCCAAGUGGUGCGCUGCAUCACGGUGCAGGCCCAGGCGACGGUCCUGGCGAGCGGCUGGCGGCUCUCGAAGAAUUCUGCCGCCCUGUCAGGCCUGCGGAGCCUCACGGAGGCGACCUGGCUGGAGGUGGCGCGGUCCGGGGACGGCGCGGGCGUGCGCGCCAGCUGGGACGGGCUGAUGGAGGUGGAAGCAGACCUGAGGAGUUCCUUGUCAUCGUGGGAUGAAGAGCAUCUAGGAGCUCCCCCUGCCCUUGGUGGGCUCGUGACCGUCUUGCUCAGCAUUUUCCUCCUCGCAGGCUGCCUGCUGUGCUUCUUCUGCCGGCCGAAGCGGAGGUUCGCACGCGAGUCGCAGAGGCUGCCAUUCGGCGUGGCGCCAGUGGUUUUGCCACCUCCGGAGGAGGCCCUGAGCUUAGAGGAGAUCCAGCUCCAUCCCGCACACGCGGCCAAAGAGGAGGAGGCGGCGACCAUGACGUACUUGACAUCGGAGGCCUUGGAACGCGUACAAGAGCUUCUGGACUUCACCUUUCGCACCAGGUCGCCCGAAGGUCGUCAAGACAGCCUCGUGGCCCUGCAGGCCCGCUGCGCAGUGCGUGUCCAAGGCAAGGAAAAGGCCUAUGUUCAAAGGCGAAGCAAGAUCAGCCGAGAUCUGAAGCCCUUGCCAGAUCCCUGGAUAGCACUGGCGGUGGCCAAGUACCCGGCACUGGAGGAGGUCCUAGUGAAACUUCAGCCGGAGAAGAACGAGGUGUACCUCUGGCACGGGACCUCGAUCCGAAAGGCCCUGGCAAUGUGCCAGACAGGACCGGGCAGGACGCAGACGGCUCUCCACUUCUUUGAGAGCAGUGCGCAGGCCCAUGAGGUCACCAGCCCGGAGGUAGGGCAUUACAGCGCUGUGCGAGCGCUGGUGCUUUGCCGGGUUUGCCUUGGCAGGUUCUACUACACCACUACGGACGGCUCCACGGAGCGGCGCGAUGGCUUCGACAGUUUGCUGGUGGAUGGAGACUUGCGGGAGUUCUGGGUGUACGACGCGGACCAGGUGAACCCCGAGCUCUUGGUGCUCUAUUCCCCGCUCCAGCGCGAGGAGAUGGAUCGGGCGCUUGGCGCGUUCCGCCUGGAGAUGCCCAUCUACUGGGCCAACCAAAGUCUCGAGGAUACCUUCCACGCGCUGCACGUCUGCGACCGCCGGACGCUGCAGCGCCUCGCGGGCAGGCACAUCAUCGCCAAAGCCAGGCGCCUAGAGGAUUCAGCACUCUGGAGCCGCUAUGCACGCGCCCGCGCCCGGAGCGGCCGCAUCCCGCCGGGGCUUCUGCAGGCGCCUGAGCUGGAUUUGCAGCAAGAGCUGCUGCUUUGGCACCUGCCGGAUCCAGAGGAGGCAGAGUUAAUCAUGGCCGAGGGCUGCUUCCCCGGCUCGCCGCGGCGGCGCCGCGGGAUCCAUUUGACCGAGGAUCUGUCCAACGGCCAGUGCCGCAGGGGUGCAGGCAGAUUCAUUCUGCUGUGCCGGGCGGUGAUUGGAGAACUGCACUACGCGGCUACACUGGAUCUCGCAGCGGUGCAGACAGCUCGCGCGGCUGGCAAGGACGCGUUGCUUCUGCGUGGAGGAGGCCCGAAUCACUAUGUCUUCUUGAAAGAGGACCAGCUGUACCCUGAGUUUAUCAUCGAGCUCCUGCAGGACACCGAGUGAUUUUCGCGGAUCUCGAGGUCCAAGUCGCGUGAGCAAGU